AAUUAUUAAGCCCAUUGCCAAUAUUAUCCAGAAAAUCAUCAUCUUCUUCAACUUUUACUUCCACGGCAGAAAACCAAAUUCCCUCCACCAUUCCGCCGUCGGCGGCAACUGGAAAAUGUCUCGAGGAACGGCGAAGCUGGUGGCGAGCAUCAAGAAAUUCGUUGACCUUCAGUACAAGUUCCUCUCUCGCCGCUAUGGUCAGCAAUUCAUGGACAUCCUCGAUUUCCCCGUCAAAGUUGUCCUUACCCCCUUCACACUCCCCUUCGACAUCGCCGGCUCCGCGCCACGUGGCUUCGGCGUGCCGGAAUUCGUCUCCAAGCUCUCUUACUCCGCCAUUUUCGCCAUUGCUACUCUUGGGACCUACGAUAUCGCGUUCGAAAUGGGAAAGAAGGUCCUGUGUCAGAGGAAUUGUCGGACCUGCAGUGGGUGGCAGGCCAUGCAGUGUACAAUGUGCAGAGGCUCGGGAAAGGUGCAAUACCAAGUGAAAAAUUAUGCCUUGAGAAGUGGAGAGAAGGCAACAGCUGCAAAUAUUGCAGAUGCGAUUUCCGAAAACCGAGCUGAGUUGGUUCAUCUUCCUUCAAGUGUCGACCUUCAUUUACCGUUGCCGUGUAAAGAAUGUCCGAGCUGUGAAGGAUCAGGAGUGAUGAAAUGUCCAGAAUGCAAAGGCAAGUUACCGAUUAGGAUAUCUGCAGAUGACAUAAUGGAACCUCCGUGGAAAGCAUAUAAUAUCUUACGUAAGAUGGACUAUCCUUACGAGCAUGUAAUUCACAGCAUGAAAGACCCGAGCAUUGCUGCAUUUUGGCUGAUAACAUUGCCUCAGAUUGUUGGAGGUGUUGACUUUGAUGAUGAAAUCAAGCAGAAAAUUUGGUGGGAAUACAAGGAAUCUAGACGGUACGACCAGCUCCGUGAUGAAGUUGCCAAACGAAAACCUGGCUGGGAGUAUUUGCAAGAGGCUUUAAUCUCUAUCGAUCCCAAUCGUGCUAAGGAGGAUCCUGUGAUUGUGAAAAAUGUUCCGUUCUUCAAGGCCAAGAAAGCUCUAGAGUCGGAAGUAUUGAAGCUUAAUCCUCCCCCACGCCCUCAAAAUUGGGGGGAUUUGGACCUUCCACUAAAUGCAUCUUCUUGGACCGAAGAAGACCUUAAAGAUCCAAAGAAGCUGUACGAGAUGACGAUUCUUCUUAAUGCACAAAGAGAAAUUGCUGAUCAAAUAUUGGAUGCACAGUGGGAAACAAGGUGGCGUGAAGAGAAGAUGAACGAGAUGCUGAAAGAGAAAGUAGAGCCGUACUUGAAGAACGUUGACAACAGCGUCCUUCCUCAGCCAAUAGUGUUGCCAUCUCAGAGGAAUCAAGACCAAAAGAAAAAUCAGGGCAGGCGACGAUGGUGGCUGUUUUGAGGGUUACCGUCUGCAACCCGUAUACAAUUUUCCCCGUCGCGUCGCGGAAUAUUUAGAUAUAUUAGUAGCAGAUUUUGAAUUUCUUUGGAGUACAAUUUAAGAUGUGGUUGGCUAUAUAUUUUUGCUACUGCUGUGCCAAAUAUAUAUCCUAAAAGUUUGUAUGUUGUGUUUAAUUAUCCCCUGGAAAAAAAAUGAUCAUAAUCAUUGACACUAUGGUGUUUUAUUUAUUUAUUUAUUAUUUUAU